AUGCGACCAGAUGAGCAUUAUUCUCCGCCGCCCAAGAUUAGGCGAACGAUAGGUCAACGCAGACGCCGUGCAAGCCCCAACCGAGAUGAUAUCUCCUUGCAUCCAGGUCACGAUCCAGAUACUGAGUUGUUUACACAACGAUCCACACAGUUCAGCACUUCCGCAGAGAAUUCGACACUUGCGGAACGGACGUCUUUGAACCAGGAAUAUCAUCAGAUUGCCCAUGUUCCAGAUGAUACUUUUGAUAUAUUCGCCAAUCUACCUUUCGAUUUCGACGAAUACUCAGCUUUUGGUCCGAUGGACCUAGACGCGGCAGGUGAAAGCUUAGAUUUCAUUCCAGUCCCGACUAUUGACCCUGGUCUACUUCAUUUGGGUCAGAUGGCGAAGCUAGUCGCGGAGCGCCCGAAUGCAGCAUCAAAAGAAUCGCAGCAGUUGGAUGUCAACGUCACAUUAGAUGUGACAGGAUCGGCUGACGACGGUUUUGCUGCCAACAAUGCUCACAGCCUCUCAAUGAAGGAAGGCGACCGCCGUCUCAUUCAGCAUUAUCUAUCGGUCAUGAAAGGAUAUGCCAAAGUCGAAGAUCGCCCUCGAGACACGAACAAUCUAUUCGUCUCCGCAUUUUCGAUGUCUCUUUUCUUCAUGCCACUCUACUACGCAAUAUUGUCCUUCUCUGCAUCUCACCUAGCCAUGGAAGACCCGUCUUAUCUUGACGCCGCGACCGAAUAUGAGAAACUCGCAGAAAAUGCAUAUAACUCUCAUCAAGGGAAUGAACCGGUCGAGAUAGAUGGCCUUCUAUCGGCGCUUUUUGUGCGUGUAAAACGAGUACAUGUCACAGGUGAAAGGAUGGAGAAAUUUCUCGAUUUGGUGAGCCGUGCUAUUGAGCUUAUCUCUCGGCCUGAAGUCGAAGAAGCCAUGAAGAACCCUGAUGGAUUGGUAAGGCGGGUCGUCAUCCGACUCGCGAUCCUUGAUGCACGAGCUUCACACUACCGCUUGGGGGGCGGUGCACUCAUUAAACGCCUCCGCCAGCUCCCAUGUCUGUCCUCCGUUUUCGAUAGGGAGGCCCGGCAAACUCCAUCAAUUUUGGGUAUCAGCAGUCUCCUUCGUGCUGACACCUUCCGCAUGCGAGUUGCAGACCUGGAUGUGCGACUACACAAACAGUUUCAAGAUGAGUUUGCAACCGCAGAUCUCGUGCGCACAGAGGAAAUCAAGGCACUCUACAAGGACAUCAAGCGCGAGAUAAGCGAAUGGGAUGGCCAAAUGGGAGAGAACAAUAUUGACAACCCAGCCACAACCGAAAGUUAUAAUGUGCUCGAUCCUACCAGCUAUGGACAUCUAGCAGCGUCUCUAGCGCUGCAUUCUUCUUUACUGUAUCUUCACAGAGUAUAUCCAUUACCGCUAUGUGACACUGAGAAAUCCGUCUCAGCUAUUCUUUAUGGGCAGCUGAGGAUUCAUCACGACCCUACUCGUGCCUCAUCACCGUCUUCCAUCCUACCCUCCGCACUCUUCCUGGCCGGCAUUUGUUCAAACGAUCCCAUUCGACGUGACUGGGUUGUCGAGCGCUUCAAAGGAGCUGAAAAGUGGGGAUCUUAUGUCCGCAAGGCACGUGAACUUAUGCAAGCAAUCACCGAUAGGCAAGCGAGUGGUGGUGUUACGGAUGUACAAAUUGUCAUGAGUGAAACGACUGGCGAGUUCAUAAUUUAG